CGAGCCGGCGCGGCUGCGCGGAGGGCCGGGGCGGACGCAGGGCACGUCGUGGUCCACCGCCUCCCCCCCUCCCGCACGUGCGCCCUGUGUCGUCAGCGCGCCCGGAAGCGUCCAGACGGCGAACAUGGCGGCGUCCGCGGCCGGCCUGGGUGGCGGCGGCGGCGCCGGUCCGGGGCCCGAGGCCGGAGACUUUCUGGCCCGCUACCGCCAGGUGUCGAACAAGCUGAAGAAGCGGUUCCUCCGGAAGCCGAACGUGGCGGAGGCCGGCGAGCAGUUCGCACAGCUGGGCCGCGAGCUGCGCGCCCAGGAAUGCUUGCCGUACGCAGCCUGGUGCCAGCUGGCCGUGGCGCGCUGCCAGCAGGCGCUGUUCCACGGGCCCGGGGAGGCGCUGGCGCUCACCGAGGCCGCGCGCCUCUUCCUGCGGCAGGAGCGCGAAGCGCGCCAGCGCCUCGUCUGCCCCGCCGCCUACGGGGAGCCACUGCAGGCCGCCGCCAGCGCCCUGGGCGCCGCCGUGCGCCUGCACCUGGAGCUCGGCCAGCCGGCCGCCGCCGCCGCCCUCUGCCUCGAGCUGGCCGCCGCCCUGCGCGACCUGGGCCAGCCGGCCGCCGCCGCCGGCCACUUCCAGCGCGCCGCUCAGCUGCAGCUGCCCCAGCUGCCCCUGUCCGCGCUGCAGGCGCUCGGCGACGCUGCGUCCUGCCAGCUGCUGGCGCGCGACUACAACGGCGCCCUGGCGGUCUUCACGCGCAUGCAGCGCCUGGCACGCGAGCACGGCAGCCACCCGCUGCAGCCGCCCCCGCCGCCGCCGCCGCCGCCGCCGCCGCCGCCGCCGCCCGGGCCCCAGCCGGGCUCCAGCGCGGCCCCCGCCCCGCCGCCGCUCGCGCUGCUCCCCCCCGGCGCCGGCUCCGCGACCGUCGCGCCCUCCCCGGCCGCGCUGGGCGCCUUCUCGGACGUGCUGGUCCGCUGCGAGGUGUCCCGCGUGCUGCUGCUGCUCCUGCUGCAGCCGCCGCCCGCCAAGCUCUUGCCGGAGCAUGCCCACACCCUGGAGAAAUACUGCUGGGAGGCCUUUGACGGCCACGGGCAGGAGGCUAGCGGCCCUCUUCCCGAGGAGCUCUUCCUGCUGCUCCAGUCCUUGGUCAUGGCCACCCACGAGAAGGACACGGAAGCCGUCAAGUCGCUGCAGGUGGAGAUGUGGCCGCUGUUGAGUGCCGAGCAGAACCACCUCCUUCACCUCGUGCUGCAGGAGAGCAUCUCCCCCUCGGGCCAGGGGAUCUGACGAGUCACAUGAUCCCGGUGCCUUCCCUCUCGCCUGUUCCCAGACCUCACGCAUCCACCUUUGCGUUUAGGGGGAAAUAAAAGACGAUGGUCCCGGAGGUUCUGCCUUUGUUCGCCUUAUUCCUGUUGCCACCCUAACACUUAAGUGGACGAAAAGUUACCUUACUUCCGCAAUAGUGGGAGAAAAAAACAAUAUGAUAGGAUCGGAGUGGUGGACAUGGCUCUCUUCCUGCACCCAGCACGAACGUGACAGUCCCUGUCACCCCUGUAUCUUUUCACCCAACUGUCCCUACCAGCCCCCCACCCCGCCUGCAAAACCCCCCUCCCCCCGGUCUUUGUUCCCUAGUGAGGGUUAAUUUGCACAGGUCUGGCUAAAUCCCUGAGCUAUGUGAUCUGUUUGUGGUGACUGAUUCCUCAGCCUAUUUGAUGUCUGUGUGAUCAACCAAUUUCUCCUUUCUUUGUUUCGUCCGUGGGAUCAUUUGAUCCAGUACAACGUUGCUGCCGCCACAGCCCCAAAUCCGUGAAAGCCAUUCUGAGACUCGUAACUUGCGGUUUAGAUUUACUUCAUCUAUGAACCGGGAACACCUUCUCUCCAUGUCAGGAGGCAGAAAGGAGAAACAGUUCCCUUUUAGCUGCCAGACGUAUUCGUCCGUCUGAAAUGGACAGUGUGCCUAGGAUGCGGGCUGCGCCAGGCGAUGAGUCACAAAGAGCCUAUGCGAUGCGGUCUUACUCCGACAGCUGCAGUGCACCUGUGUCCGGUGCCAAGCCGGGCCGGGGGUGGGCUUGGGGUGCGGGUGGGGUGGGCUCCGGCGCAAAUGCGUCCGACGUGCCUCGGAAUCCUCAGUUCAGGUUCUGUUCCGAGAGGGACGGGCAGUCCACGUGACAGCUUGCAUUUGUAGGAGGGAUCUUUCUGCGACUCUUACGUAACUCAGAUACGUAAAAUCAGCAUGCUUCUUUGGUAUUUGCGAUCCUGUAUGUGCCAGACCGUGUCCUUGUUCCCCGAAGACGGGGUGGCGUUCCAUUUUUAAACACUCAAGUUCCAAGCCUUUUUGGUCCGAAUGUUACAUGCAAACCGAGUUGGCUGUUUUUUGUUUUUGUCGUUUUAAUUCAGUUUUAUUUUCUUUAGUUUUGAGAGGAGUGGUAACAAGACCUCUUCAGAACAUAAUCUCACCCUCAAUCAUUCAGCUUGGGAAAGUGCAUCCUUUAGGCUGAAGCUUGAGUGUUCAGCACUCAUCUUUGGGGGUGAGAUUUAAGGACGCCCUUUGGGAGCAGAGUUUGGUUUUGCCUAUUUGGGGGUAGGGGAGGGAGGGAGGGAGACCGUGUGGAGCGCUGUCACUCUGAAUUAAGCGCCUCAAAAUGGGCGGGGCUUUUAGGGUAUUCUUUUCCACUUCUGUUUCAACAGUGUGGAAGCAAUGGCUAAGGAAAUAGGGGAGAGGCCCAUGGCGGGCAGAUUCAGCCCCUGGUCCUGUGCUCUCACUUGGCCGCCAGGAUCGGUCCUUUGGAGCCCCAAAGCCUAGUCCACCUUACUGCAAAGGUGGUAAGGGCGCAUGCUCCUCUGUGCUUUUCCUUUUUCGGGUACACUCUUCUUCACUCUGGGCUGCAGUCCUGGCCGGCUGCCUUACUGUCCUUAGGACACGUGUGACUGGUGAUAGCAUUUGGGUUCCGGCUUAAGGAAAUGCCUCCUUAGACCUCCAGUCCGAAAUUGCAUUGAGGAGGUCGGGGGAGGGAUUACCAUAGCCUGGUGCUGGGCAGACGAGAAUAAUUUUAGAAAACGCUUUUGCUGUUGCCUCAUUUAUGUAUCUCCUUCAGAAUCUUCAUAGCACGGAUGGCUGGGCCAAGGCCAGAUUACAGUGAUUCUGACAGAAUUCUCUUGCUAUAUAUCAACUUGUUUCAAAAUUAACACUGAUUUAACAUGACCAAAGAUAGUUUAAAAGGACUUGAUUAGUGUUCUUUUUAACUUGAGAAUGAGGGAAAGAACUGCAUCAUUGAAAUGUUCAUUGACAAUUCAAAACUAACAUUCAAAAUUUUAUAAAAUAUUGAAAAUAGUGGCAGUAAAGCAAUGAUCCUUAAAGGGUGUUUCGGUUUCCCUUCCCCCCUUUUAAGAGGGACUUCUAGGAUGAGAAGUAUUGCUUAUGAAAAAAUAUUUUGUGUAUGAAUCAUACACAGAUAUCAAAACUUUUGAGAGCCGCUGUACUGGAGGAAGAUGAUUAAGACUGAAAACUGUAGAUUAGGCAAACUCUGGGAUGGAAGGGCUCUGGUUAAUGUUAACUGUCUAGGUGUCUCUACUGCCAUUAGAGUAGACCACCAGUCCACAAACUUUUUCUGUAAAGAAAGAGAUGGAAAUUCUUUUUAUGCCACAAAUAUUCUCUGUCACAUAGUCUUCUUUGUUUUUGAAACUUUAAACAUGUAAAAACUUUCUUUACUCUUAGUCCAUAUGAAGGCAGUUUGUAGGCCAAAUCCAGGGGCUCCAGCUUAUGCACCUGGAAAAUAGUAGUUACUCAAUAACUGCUGGAGGAGUGACCCUCCUGUGGGUAGUUAAUGACUAUUCUAUCUUUGUCAUUGAACAAGAAAGAUUGAGAAUAAAUGAACUGGUCACUUAACUCCAGAUUCUAAUAAACAAAAUAUAAAAUAAACCGAAAGAAAGUAAAGGAGAAUUUAAAAAAUUUGGGACAGAAAUGAAUGAAUUAGAAAACGACACCUUCAAAUCUGUUUGAUUUUAAAACCAAGAGUUGAUUUUUGACAAUCCAAUAGAAUAGACAAAAACCAACGCUGACAAGGGAAAAAAGAGACAUGUGUGCGUGUGUGUAGAUUAAGGUGUGGCAUAGGAAGGGAGACAGAACUUUAAUGUACACAUUCACAGCAACUAACUACAGGUAACAAAAUGAGAGUAUCAAUCAGAUAAGGAACGGAAAAGAUAGGUUAAGUAUUAGCACUAAAUAAGACACAGUGGCUUUUCCAUCUAACUUUCAUUAAACAUAUGAUUACUACAUUGAAAUAUUCUAGAGCCAUAGUUUAAUGGAAAAAGAUGGACGCUUUUACACUUUAUUUUCAAGUUUAGUAUAACUCUCAUGCCAAAAACUGAUCAAUACAGCACCCCCCAAAAGGUAAACCAACUUUACUGAUUGGUGUAGAUAGAAAAAUUCUAAAUAAAAUGUUAGCAAGUUGGAUCCAGCUAAAAUUUUCUUAAUUAAAACGUUUUAUUUUUGGGGGGGAGGGGAGGUAAUUAGGUUUACUUAACUAUGUAUCUUCUUAGAGGGGGUACUGGGGGUUGAACCCGGGACCUUGUGCAUACUAAGCAUGCACUCUACCACUUGAGCUAUACCCCCUAGCAAUAAAUUUUAAAUGAUUAAUACACCAUGAUGAAGGGCAGUUUCCCCAGGAGCCUCUGCCCCUAACUCUGCACUUGGCUUGAAGUCAGGUGUGAUGGGAAUAUGCACAUCAUGGAAAUCAGCAAACGCUACAAAUAAAGGCCUGUCCCCCUAACUGCCCCCGACUUCACCCCAGAGCCGGUUGUUAAACAUUUGCCAGCACACCAUUGAACGUAAGGAUAAUUUGAUAAUAGCAAAGAGGAGAAAUGAGAUCAUAUCAAGACGCUGAAAAAGCAUUUGAUGAAAUUCUACAGCCAUUCCAAAUAAAGCAGGAGGAGCAAGAAACUUUUUAAGCAUGAGAAAAAUAUUUGUUUGAAACUAAUGGUGAACAUUAUAUUAAACAGUAAAAUAUGAGAUCCAUUCUCAUGAAAGUCAGGAACAAGACAUGCUAAUAUCUAUAUGCACACAUAGCACACUGCAAACGAAAGAAGAGCAUUUUGCGUACUAUCUAGGCCUACAAAGAUUAACCUGCUGCAGUCUCUGAUGGACAGCACGUGGUGCUGCAGAGGGAAGGAUGAAGGCAAUAACAGGAUGAGGCACUCUGUGCUCUGGACAGGAAAUUACAGACGAUAACAGGAAGCUCUGUGCUUUGGGCAAACAGGCCCUUCAAUAGUUAAGAUGCAUUUUAGGAAGAAUUUUGAUGAACCCUGAAUCGUGCAUCUUCCCACACAUAGAAAAGCACUAUAAUCAUGAACUUGAGAUAUCUGUUCUUUGGGACUAGCAGUAAUCUUUUACCAAGAUUUAUGCUUGGCUGCAUAUAUUCCUUAAUAAAAAAAAUAUGAAUUAGCCUCCCCCCAACCUCUUUGGAGCAUUUUCUCAGAGCUAUGUAUCUAAGAGGCUGUCUCCUGGACUAUAGUCCUUAGAAAGACCCUGAAUAAACCUUAACUCACAACUCUCA